ACAUUACAAAGUUACAAAACUACCUUAUAACUACUUCAUGAUUAUUACAUGAUGAAUUGUAAUGACUAUUCUAUCCUUAAACUACCAAAUUUCAUUUAAAAAUAAUUAUUUAAAAAAAAAUAAGUUAUCAAAAGCUAGAUCUUUACCUCACCACUCUUUACAACUACUCCUAUUUAUAAACUCUACUCGUAGCUUUGUUUCUCCCAUCUAUUCAUCUUCCUUGAUUACAUCAUCAAUCUUGAAUUUCAAUUCAAUUAACCAUUAGUUUCUUGAGAUGUAUCUUUUAAAUGCAACGCUCUUCAAAGUCAUGGCUUUUACAACCUUAUUUCUUCUUUAAUUCAAGUGCAAUUAAUUACUUCAUAUUCUGUUUUUUGUUUGUUUUCUUAACUUCUUCUUAGUCAUCGUAUCGUAUGGAGUUUGAGUCAAUGAUCAAAAUGCAUUACCCAUUCCUCGCAGCUGUUCUCUAUGAUGAAAAUCUCCCCCUAAAAGAUUUUCAUCCAUCUCUUACCGGCAAUGUUUCAUGUCUACAAAACAUGCAUCAUAAACCUUUUCAGGUUAAUCUCGAUAGAUCACAUCUCACGUCUAUCAUAAACCUCAGUCCUGAUCUUUAUCAUGAGAAUCUAACAUCAAAAAUCUCAAACACUACUUCUGAUCAUAUUCCAAAUCUAAAUAUUCCCCCAUAUCAUUUUGAUAUAUUUAAAGGCAUCACUCCUUCUCCAUGCAUUGGAACUUUUGAGGUAUACCUUCAAGGCAUAUCCAUUAAACCAGAUAUCUUUCAUUUGGUCUAUAACACAUCGUCACCACCCAAGGAUUUACCCAACAUUUUACAUGCCCCAAGUGAAAUUACGAUGUGGGGAAAUGAUAACCCUCAAGGAAUCAUCUUUGGAUACGAGCCACUAUUCAAUCUAGCCAUGGCUGACUCAAAUCUAUACAAUGCGCCGAAACCAAUGUGUCUUUUGAGCCCAAACGAAGAUGCUGUCAUGAAUCAACGUCAAAAUAAUCAAAUACUGAUAAAGACCGAUCAAAGGAAUAAGAGAUUCCAAAUGAGAAGAGGAUGCAAACCCGUGAAAAAAGCUAGCAUCAUCAAAGGACAAUGGACUUCUGGUGAAGAUAGAUUUUUGAUGAUUCUAAGGUUACUGGUACAAUUAGUGGAGCACCAUGGAACUAAAAAAUGGUCUCAUAUUGCCAAAAUGCUACCAGGACGAGUUGGAAAGCAGUGUAGAGAAAGAUGGCAUAAUCAUCUACGUCCUGAUAUCAAGAAAGAUGGUUGGAGUGAAGAAGAGGAUAGGAUACUUAUUUCUGCCCACAAAGAGCUUGGGAACAAAUGGGCUGAGAUCACUCGGAAACUCCCUGGACGUACUGAAAAUACAAUCAAGAACCACUGGAAUGCGACUAAACGCCGACAACAAUCAAGGAGGUCUAAGGGAAAAGACAAAACUUCCCUUGCAAUGUGUAGCAGCACUCUUCAAAACUACAUUAGGUCUGUUACCUACAAUGAUGAUACUCUAAGGACCAAUGCAACCUUUGACGCAAAUGCAAACAUAAAAGUUAGUGCAAAAAAUAUGAGAAGUAAAGGUAAAGUUGUAAUUAUUGCAGCUUCGGACUAUGACAAGAGCAAUGAAUGUAAGUAUAUCAUUGAUGGUGUGAUGAACUUGGGUUUAGAUGAUGGAAAUGAUACGUCUUCAUCAGCUGUUACGUCUACCUCUGGUUCGACGGCUAGGCCGGGAAGUGGUUUAACCGCCGAGUUUGAUGAAUCGAUGACAGAUAGUUGGAUGGUAAUGCAUGGAUGCGAUGAAGUUAUGAUGAACGAGAUUGCUUUGCUAGAGUUGAUUUCUCAUGGUCGUCUCUAAUUAGACUACAAUAUAAUGUAUCCAAACUUUAUUAUAUCUAUAUGUAUAAUAUGCUAUAUGAAAUUAAGUUUGUGCAUUUUAAUGGAAGAAUUGAACAUAUAAUAUAUAUUGUGGUCUAAUAAUUUUUUUUUUGUUCAGUUUCUUAGAUUCUUAAUCUUUUGUUCAACAAAGAUUAUACAUAUUUUAUAGAGUAAUAAAAUUUCCAAACAAUACGACGUUGAAUUAUUAGAGAAUCUCAUUUAUUGAUUUCCAAUUUCAAAUCUCUUUAAAAAAAUAACAAUUUAUUAAAUAAAUUAUUAUUUUUCUUUUUUGUCACGAAAUAAAUGAGUAUU